UAACCAUCAACUUGCCUAGCUCAUUCUUGUGUUCUUCUUGUAACCCGUGACCCGCAUCUCCCUUCUCUUUAAAUUUGAUACUAAUACCCAACAAAAUGUCCCCAAAUUUUCCAUAUUCAUCUGUUCUUCUCUCUCACUCUAAAUUUUCCUCCGGCAAAAAAAAUGUCUCAUGAUCAUGACAUGCCCAUGAAUCCACCAAUGGACAUGAACAUGAGCUCGUCAUCAAUGGACAUGGUGAUGCACAUGAGCUUCUACUGGGGAAAAAAUGCCAUAAUUCUAUUCCCAGAUUGGCCAAAUCACAGUCUUGGAAUGUACAUAUUGGCUUUCUUCUUCGUGCUUUUUCUUGCUCUUGGCAUAGAGCUUUUCGCGGGUUUUCUAGCGGCGAAUAGUAAACUCAGUUCGUCAAAUCCUACGGUGGUUGCCUUUGUUCAGGCGACUGUUUACGCUGUGAAAAUGGGGUUUGCUUAUUUGGUUAUGGUUGCUGUUAUGUCUUUUAAUCUUGGGAUCUUUAUUGCUGCGGUGGUUGGCCAUGCCAUCGGAUUUUUCAUCGUCAAGGCUCGGAAUCUAGCCGUCGCCAACCAGCAGGAUGUAAAUGGCAACUCUGUUCCUAAAGUUUGAUAUGUUGUUUAUUUUAUUUUCUGGAAAUAUAUAUUUUUGUUCUUGGUUUCUGGGUUAAGGUUGAGGAUGACCCUUUUGUGGUUUGCUUUGCUUUUUCUUUCUUAUGUGCUUCAUUUACUUAUAUGUAUUAAAUGUGAAAAUUUAAUCUCUUUUAUGAAUUUUUUACAUACAAAA